AAGCACAGCAAAGCAAACGGUGGAGGAGAUAGAGAGAUAGAGAUGGAGAUGGAGGUAACAAUAAGAAGAAGAGAGAGAAAGAGAAAGAUCAAUGACGACGAGCGUGAUUCCAGAAAUUUGCUGAGCCAGCAAGAAGAUGCGGAUGCGGAAGGUGGCGGGUCCCACGCCUUAAACCAAGCUUUAAUCCUUCUCCUCCUCCUCCAUUUCCACAAAUCCACUUCUCUCUCUCUCCCUCUCUCCCUAUGCGAUCCUCAAUCCUCACGGAAAUCGGAACUAAUCUCUAAUCGGAAGUGUUAAUAUCGGCUGCUCUUUGUUCAUAUCAAUAUGAUGAGCAACAACAACAAUACCAGUAAUUUGCCACCUAUUUUCAUUGACGGGAACCAAUUACAAUACCAUACUAAUACAUCGAAUCAGCUUCAGUUGUUUGGAAAUUUACCAGUAGGAUAUAAUUGUUAUGGGAAUGACAGAAAUACGUCUGUCAUUCAACCCAACAAGAGAAGAAGUAGGGAAACAGAAAAUAUCUCAUUACAACAGAAGGUUCAGAUUUCCCUAAACUAUAAUGUUUACAAUGAUGAAACUGACCGAUCAGGAAGUAUGCCAAACAAGAAUCCCGUGUCUACUGGUUUAAGAUUGGCGUAUGAUGAUGAUGAACGCAAUUCAUCUGUUACUUCUGCAAGCGGAAGUAUGACUGCAGCACCUUCAAUGAUUAUGUCUCUUGGUGAUAACAUUAGGACUGAACUCGAUAGACAAAAUGAAGAACUUGAUCAUUAUAUCAAGAUUCAGGAAGAAAACCUAACGAAGGGAGUUCGAGACAUGAAGCAGAGACACAUGGCUUCGUUCUUAACGGCAAUAGAGAAAGGAGUGAGCCAGAAACUACAGGAGAAAGACAUGGAAAUAGAAGGCAUAAACCGCAAGAACAGAGAUUUGGUAGAGAAAAUAAAACAGGUAGCUAGUGAAGCCCAAAACUGGCACUACAGGGCAAAGUACCAUGAAUCAAUGGUGAAUGUUCUAAAGAAUAACCUCCACGAAGCAAUCUCGAAGGGGGCGGCGGAUCAAGCAAACAAGGAAGGGUUUGGUGACAGCGAUCAGGUAGACGAUGCAGCAUCAUUUGCUGCAGCAGAUCAGAACAACAAUUACAUGAACAUGAACAUGAUUUGCAGAGGAUGCAAAGGAAAAGAGGUAUGUAUGUUGUUGAUUCCUUGUAGGCAUUUGUCUUUGUGUAAAGAUUGUAAUGAGUUCAUCCAUGCUUGUCCUAUAUGUCAAUCCAUGAAAACUGAUAGUGUUCAAGUUUACUUGUCCUAAUCAUCGUCGAUCUAGGAUAUCGAAAGUUUCUAUGAUUGUGUUUCUUAUGUGUGUGGAUCUUUUUUUCCUCCUAUCAUAAAUAUGGUUUUGAGGUU